CUUCUUCACAUUUUUGACAUAGAAAUAAUAAGUAAGAGUGAUGGCAGUUCAAAAUAAUAGCAUUACUACAAGUCUAAAUGUUCCUCUGCUUACUCAUUUCAAAAUGGGGGAAUUUGAUCUCUCUCACAGAAUUGUGCUGGCACCACUAACCCGAGGGCGGUCGUACAAGAACGUGCCGCAGCCUCACGCGGCACUGUAUUACUCUCAGAGAGCAACCGAAGGCGGUCUUCUCAUUACCGAAGCUACCGGUGUAUCCGACACUUCACAAGGGUACCGAGAUACACCCGGGAUUUGGACAAAAGAGCAAGUGGAGGCAUGGAAGCCAAUUGUAGAUGCAGUUCAUCAAAAGGGUGCCAUCUUUUUCUUGCAAAUAUGGCAUGUUGGCCGUGUCUCUACUUAUGAUUUUCAACCCAACGGGCAAGCUCCAAUCUCACCAACGGACAAAGGAAUUACACCCGGCCUCGACGGAGUAGAUUGGGCCCCACCUAGACAACUAACGAAAGAUGAAAUCCACGGUCUUGUCAAUGAUUUUAGGGUCGCCGCUCGCAAUGCUAUGGAAGCAGGAUUUGAUGGAGUUGAGAUUCACGGAGCAAACGGCUACUUAAUCGAACAAUUCCUCAAAGAUCAAGUCAACGACAGGACAGACGAAUACGGUGGGAGCUUAGAAAAUCGGUGCCGUUUUGCAUUUGAAAUAGUGGAAGCAGUGAUCAAAGAGAUCGGAUCUAAUAGAGUUGGAAUAAGACUAUCUCCAUACUCCGAUUUUAUGGAGUCGAUCGACUCCGAUCCCGAUGCAUUAGGCCUUUACUUGGCGAACGAACUCAAUAAAUUCGACCUUGUGUAUCUCCAUGUGAUCGAACCGAGAGUUAGAGGUGCGGAGGUGCUUCAAGGGCCGGAAGAUGAAUAUCCUCAUAAGCUACUUCCAAUGAGAAAGGCUUUCAAGAAUACUUUUAUUGCUGCCGGUGGAUACAAUAGGAGUAAGGGUAAUUUUGCCAUUUCUGAAAACUACGCGGAUUUGGUUACGUAUGGACGCUUGUUUUUGGCUAAUCCGGAUUUAGUGAGAAGGUACGAGUUGGAUGCUCCUCUUAAUAAGUACGAUCGGAGCACGUUUGGCAUUCCGGAUCCUGUCGUUGGUUACACUGAUUAUCCAUUUCUUGAUGAAGCUAAUUAGGUGUAAUAUGUUUGUUCUGUACUAUGUUUUUUGAUUUUGUGCAUCUAAAUUUUUAUGUAUGUACGAAGUGUGUCAGGGUGGAAAUCGGACGUAAUGGAUUGGAAAUGGCUUUUUCUAUAAAUAUAUAUAUUUUUUUUGGAAGUA